GUCCCAACGGGCAUGCCAACGCAACGAUGGAACGAGGUCACAGCGCAAGCGAUUCGACGCAAGGGACGUCGUCGAGGCGAUGCCACCGCCCCACCGACACGUCGUUUUCAUGCCAGCCACCACAGCCCGCGUCAAGUGCCACCAUGGACGACGUGAGGGUGUUGCCACGGCUCGACUACCCCGCCACCGACACACUCUUCCCCGAGGCAGCACGCAGUCGAAGUAACACACGUCAAUCAUGCAUGGCACAACGGAACGACGACGAAUGCGAAUUCGACCAGUCGUUGGUGCAUGCGCUCAACCAACACUUCCCGUCCCUGGAUGCAUCGAAGGCACAGCCAGGGGUAUGCGGUCCUUUGUCGAAUGCCCCGACGGUCGACUUGGCCAUGGACCAUUCAGCGCCCGACGACGAAGACGACGUGUUGCUUAUGGACAAAGACGAUGACGACGACGAGUUCCUUCGCCAAGUACAGAUCCAGGUCACUCAGGCCGCAGCCGUCGUCGCAAACCCGGCGAAGCAUCGGUCGAAACAUGGGAGGAAGAACUCUCAUCUACGAACCCAUCCCCAUGUCAACGCUGCAACCCCUCCUCCGGUCCACGAACAACCGCUUCAUCGGCCCGCCAAACGCAUCACAGCCACCCAUUUCCAUGCGAACACGGGACUGUCCGUGACACAACCCUGCGAGCUACCGACCAUUCUUUCACCGGCAGCAACCACUGACCCAACGAAUACAACCACGUCAAACGACGACACGGCGCCAGUGGCUUUGCCGCCACUGCCUCCAGUCACCCCACCGAGGUCAUCGCACGGAGACGUCGAUCCCACCACACUCCUGUCGUGGGGCGAGAUGCCAGACAGCAUGGAGGUUGUCGACGAGGACGCUCUCGUUCCUGGCAAUCUUCACGCCACGCCUGAAACAGGACAGGAGCACUGGCCGCCUCUACACCAGCAUCAUGAUGGCGACGCGUCUCCUUCCCGAACCACAAGCGAAGUCAAAGUCCAGGCAUGGCUGCGACAGAAGCAGCGCCUCCAUCAGAAACGACACCAGCAGCACACUGCGUUGGUGGUGGUCGAUAAAGCGAAGCGGCAAGCCGACAGCGAUUCGCAGUACCGUUUAUGGCUCGCGCAAAAGAAAAAGCAGCGCAAACGGGAAAAAGCAGCCGCGACCGCAAAACUCGUGCGCCAACAAAACGAACGCCUGCGACGGCUCCAAGUCCAAGCCGUCGAGAUCCAAACCAUCCAAGCACACACCAAAGCACGGCGCCAUGCGUCACAGAAACCCAAGAAAGCCCGACCACCCCGACGCACGCGGGACGCGCCCACGAGAUGCGAUGCAUCGGUGGGCGCCGCGCCGUUCAUGAAGCACGAGCGAGAGGUUGCCACUACCAUGCAACGCCUCGACGACGUCGAGCGCGUCCUUGUCCAAAUCGCUGCCCGUGCCCUGCGAAUACCCUAACAACAACACACCGCACACACACACUUUUGUGGAGGACAACCACGGCAUCUCAACGACAUCAUUCGUACCCGUCUUUCGUCAUGAGUGUCGCCGCGAGACACGUGUCGUUUUAUGGCCCAACAGGAUGACGUGG